UAGCACAAUUUAAGCAUACAAGUGAAAACAAUGCCCCAAAAUGGCUAAUAGGCAGAGAUGCUGGUGGCAUGGGAACAAGAUCUUUUUUACGUGUCUGGCAUAUUAUUCCCCACUCAAUUUUAAUUAAGGUAGGUCUUGGGGUCAUUUUUUUAAAGGUAAUUUCUUUAAAAUGGGAAAAAAUCAAUGGGAAAAUCAAUAUAGUAGCCUGACCUAAAGCUAUUCUCACAACACUACGUUUUCACGAUUACCGAUCUGAAUUUGCGGGAGUAAACAAAACCGCGUAUUUUGAGAAAAUAAACAAAUUAAAAUCUUGCGAGGAUCUUUGACUUACAACAUUUUAAAGGUCUGAGCUAAAGAAAUAGAAAUGGCAGAUGAGUGUGAACUAGAGGAACUUACAGCAUUUCUAGAAGCUUCUGAUGAUGAGGAACAGAACAAACUGAAAGAAGUUAAGGAAGAAUCUGAUAAAUCUGAUACUGGUGACAAAACUGAAGCCAAGCCAGUAGAUAGUAAAAAAGUAGAUAAUAAAACAGAAGAUGAUGAAUGCAAUCUGGAGGAUAUAGAAGCAUUUUUACAAGCUUCUGAUGACGAUGAUGAUGAUGACAAUGUUGAGUCUGAAACGAAAGAAAAUGAAGAAAGAGAAGAACCUGCAAAAGUAAUAGAGAAAAGUAAAUCUAUUCAAGAGGAAAUGGAUUUUGAAGAUUUUGAGGAAGGUGACUUUCAGGAGCUUGAAGAAAUGAUGGACUCACAAGAUACUGGAACUAGUCAGGGAAAAACAGUAAACCAGUUAGAGCAGGAUGUUAACACAACACAGUCUGAGGGUGAAAAUGAAGAAAUAUCUAGGAAGGUUACAGAGGAAUCUGAUUGUGAAGAUGGCACAGAUGGAGAUGAUAGUGGCAGUGAUUCUGAAAAUCUUGCCCACGAGUUAAUUGAAGCUGAAAUGGCUGCCAUGGCAAAAAGAAUGAAAGAAUUGAAAUCAUUGCUGAAAAAGUCCAAGUCUAGUCCAGAGUCAUGCAAGAAAAAGUCCAAAACCAGUCCAGAAUCAGAAAAGAACAAACAUAAAUCACAUUCUAAUGGAAAGUCUAGAACCAGUCCAAAAUCACAGAAUACAGAUUCUUUGGGGAAAAAACAUUCUCAUAAAAUUGACAGUGAUAAAAGCUUGAAAACAGAUAAGCAGUCUAGUUCAGACCUUUUAAAAAGGCAAAUAGAUAAGCACAAAGCAAUGCUAGAGGCUAAGGGAAAGAAAAGUGACAGGCAUUUUAGCAAUAUUGCUGCAGGGAGUUCACAGAGUUCUAGCCAAAGUUCAAAAUCUAAAGAGAAAGAAUCUUUAAAACUAAAACAGAAUUUGAAAAAGGAAACAGAUGAUGAUGGCAACCCAUUCUUUGCCAAAUCUAGAGACCCUUGUGAGCAAAGUGGUUCUCGACCAGCUAUAUUAUGUAACAAGAAAGGAAACACUGCAGAUGAGCCUGUAGAUUCUAAGACAUUAUUUGGUGAUUCUGAUGACAGUGAUUGGGAUGAUUUAGCUGGAGAAGAGAAAUCCAAGUUGAGUGAAGAAGGGAAGGAAUUGAAGAAGUUGAUAAAUUCUGGUCAUAAGACUCGGCAAGCUCAUAUGCCUAACUACGAUCCUGCUGUCCUUAAGAAACCUAAUAUAUCAAGAUGGACAGAAACAAAUUCAAAACCGCUCAGAAUUCAUCCAAUACAGCAAGUAUCCCAGAAACCAGCACUUGACCCAGUUACAGGUACUGUUAGUGGUAAAUACAAGGUGAAGGAUGAGUACAUGCAGAAAUCUACCAUAACAAAGGAGGAUGUGCGUGAAUCUGUGACGGACCCCUUCUGCGGAAUCCGUAUCAUAAAUCCUAGAGUACCAAUGGAUGUGUUUAAAAGAAAAAUGGAAGGCCGUAAUCUUGUAAAAAUUUCUAGACUUGUGUCUAAAAUGGGAACAGACUUACAGAAGGACAACUGGGUGACUCUUGGAGUUGUUGUUCACAAGACAGAGCCCCGACAGUCUGCUGCUGGUAAAGCAUACUGUAUAUGGAAGCUGAGUGAUUUACAGAACUGUGAUAAAACUGUUACAUUUUUCCUGUUUGGGAAUGUAUACAAGGAACAUUGGAAGAAUGAUCUAGGUGUGGUCAUUGGUCUGCUCAACCCAUCUAUCAUGGAUAAAGCUGAAAAGAAUCAGGCUGAAUUAGCUAUUACAAUUAAUCAUCCUCAACAACUUCUAAUGAUGGGUAUCUCAAAAGAUCUUGGACGAUGCCGUGGUACAACCAAGGCUGGUUCACCUUGUUCAUCUUUUAUUAACAAGAUGCAAGGAGAAUUCUGCACAUACCAUGUACAGUCAGCAUAUAGAAAAUCCAGCUCAAAACGUACAGAACUUCAGGCUAGCACUGGGAUCACACCAAAAGCCUUCACUCAACAGAAAAAUAAAAACGCCGCAGGAUCUGGAUGUUUUUUCUAUGGAGGAAACACUUACACUACACAGAGACCACAGGCAAAAUCUUCAAAGGAUAGAAUGACCUUGAACAAAUUACAGUCAUUUGAAGCAAAGAAAGCUCCUGGGAAAAUAACAACAUUGUCACUUCAUGACCUUGAACCUGAUGAUGAGAAGAAGAUUGAUAAAUUACGCCAAAAAGAUAAAGAUCUAUUACAACUUUUGUCUGUUCCAUCAGCUGGGUCUAUGAACUUUGUAAAACAUCUUGUGAAGAAAGAUGCAAACCCAACAGUAAAUAAAAUAGACGAAGGUGAUAUAGUACCAUCUGCUUCUGCUAAAGAUCUUCUUAAGCAACACUCAAAGACACUCCUGCAGAAGAAAAAGGAGGUUGAAUUGUUGACAAGUACGCCAACACUUGGCAAGGGUAUUGGCUUUUGGACAAGAGAUUUCAUUGGAUGCACCAAUAAAUAA